UUUGUAAACUUUAAAAGUUGGCCAUAUUGAAGCCCCGCCUACUCUGAGCCACACCCCCAGACACUCAUCAGCAAUAAACAAUGUCUGGCAGCUCCAGGAGUGACUGUAUUUGUAACGAGAAGGAGCCCCAGGGGGAGGGUAGCAGCUGGUCUUAUCCGGAGUGGAAGGAGGGAGCUGAUAAUUUGAGCUUGUUUCAGAAGCAUGGCUACUUUAUAGUCCGUAAUCUCAUCAGUCCAGAGGAGAUUGAGGGAGCCAAGGGAGCCAUUAGCUCAAUCGUACAGAAAUGGUUCCAACAAUUGAAAUCAAGCGAUGCAACUGAAGAGAAAGACUGGGAAGAGAUAGCUAACAGAUUGCCUGAUCUUCAAGGUAGAGAUGCUUCAGAAGAUGAUGAGCUCUCCAUUCGGAGGCUCUUUAGGAUGGCUCUACAUGACGAGUUCUUUGCUCAGUUCUGCCGUCAUCCUAAGAUCGUUUCCAUGGUAACAGAGCUCUUAGGCCCUGACGUCAAGUUGCUCCAGUCCAUGAGUUUAUUGAAGCCACCUGGUUCUGGUCAGAAGAAGUGGCAUCAAGAUAACGCUUACUUCCGUCUUACUCCAGCAAGGGUUCUUGGUGUAUGGAUAUCAUUAGAUCCAACGGACUGUGCAAAUGGAUGUAUGCACAUGUUACCCUGUUCCCACGGCAGUGGAGUGUAUCCUCACUCUGCCCCAGCUAGUAACCACAUUGACUACUCACUGGUGACUAUACCCCGCCCUAAUGAUGUUGUUCCUGUGAUCAUGAGCCCAGGAGAUGCACUCGUAUUCCACGGAGAGACGGCUCACUAUACCCCACCUAAUGUCACUGGCACUAGGCGUCGCUCCAUUCAGUUCCAUUAUGCCUCAAGUCAUUGUAAACCCACAAAGUGUCCGAGACAAGAGGGAGAGACCCACACUGACCCCACCUUACCCACGGACCCUGAGAAACCCCAUUACUUUGACUGUGACCCACAGUGCAAUGAGCCGGAGUACUGGUACUACAGGAAAGCUGAAGUCCUAGUUGCCGGGAGAGAAUUUGGAGGAGACUUUAUUUGAAAACUGCAGCUGCAUAACAAUCUAUCGCUAAAAUUACAGCUUUAUUAUUGUUAUUCUGUUUAUACUCUAUGUUGUUUCUAUUUUUGCUACAAAUUGUUUUAUUAAUGUU